AUGGGGCAGCAACAGUGGAAGCAACCUCGCUGGGCUAGUGAGCUGAUGGCGGGAUGGUUUCACUUGAUGGUUGAAUGGAAGGGGAGCUCCCUUGUCAAAAUGGUGCAGCGGCAGUAUUGGCCAGAAUGCCGGCGUCGCGAGGAUGCCCCAUCUUGUCCGUAUAAGUUACUCCGUACAGAGACACACAUCGAGGCCAUGGAGUCGUCCCGGACACACAGUUGGGAUGCUCACGGGAGGCGUCUGUUCCCGCAUAAACUUCAGCCUUCACAUGCAACUACAAGGGCGCGACAUGUAACUCAUCUCAAGAGGCGAAAUGCAGCAGAACGGGGGCCGGCAGACACCGAACUCACUAAACCACCCAAGCGAUCCCACACACCAGAUGGGCCUGGGGUUCUCGGCGUGCAUCCUUACUGUACAUCAUAA